CAGACUUGUAGGAGAGACCAGAAGGACCUUUUCGCCAAGUGGGGCUGUGGACAUAGGUUCUAGCCUCGAGAUAUAGAGGUCUGGGAACGGGAGAGCCGGCCUCCUGGGGUAGGAGAUGACCGCUCUAGAGGAAACCAGGUGAGGUCUGGAAACAGUCCGAGGUAGAGGCACAACCCAGGCAAAGGACCAGCCGGCCAGCCGAGCUUCAAGCCCUGGCCCUGCCUCAGCAUUCUACCCCUAUGCUUUGAGCCCUUCACUAGACCAGGAUCCAGCCAAAGUUGUCUAACUCCCCUGCAUGGGUCCCUGUAGUGACUCCCGCCUGGGGUCCCAUGAGACAGAGUCACCCUCGAAGCCACCCAAGAGGAGGAAGAAGAGAUACCUGCGACAUGACAAGCCCCCAUACACCUACUUGGCUAUGAUCGCCUUGGUGAUUCAGGCAGCACCCUCCCGCAGGCUGAAGCUGGCCCAGAUCAUUCGUCAGGUCCAGGCCAUGUUCCCCUUCUUCAGGGAUGACUACGAAGGCUGGAAGGACUCUAUCCGCCACAACCUUUCCUCCAACCGGUGCUUCCGCAAGGUGCCCAAGGACCCUUCGAAGCCACAGGCCAAGGGCAACUUCUGGGUGGUCGAUGUGAGCCUGAUUCCAGCUGAGGCACUGCGACUGCAGAACACUGCUCUGUGCCGGCGCUGGCAGAGCCACGGUGCACACAGAGCCUUUGCCAAGGACCUGAGCCCCUAUGUGCUUCAAGGCCGGCCUUACCCGCCACCCAGUCCCCUGCCGCUACCCAGGGAGGGCUUUAGCAUCAAGUCCCUACUAGGGGAUCCAAAGGAGGGGGUAACCUGGCCCCAGCAGUCCACCCAGGUUGGACAGAGCAGCCCAACUCAAGUAGGCACAGGGUCCAAUACGGAGGAGGUGGUGCCCACACCACCCCAGCCCUCUGAGAGGCCUCUGUGGCCCCUCUGCUCUUUCCCAGGGCCCACAAGAGAAGGGGAGACUUCCCAAGGGCCAAUCAUCAGGCCAUCACCCCUCUCCCCAGAGCCCAGGACCUGGCCCUUCCACUUACUGCAGGGUACUCCAGACCCAGGGGAACUAUCCAGCGGGAGACAAAGGACCUCUCUGUGGGGUCAGCUGCCUACCUCCUACUUACCCAUUUAUACUCCCAAUGUAGUAAUGCCCUUGGCCCCCCUACCACCUACUUCCUGUCCUGGGUGCCCACCUUCAAGUAAUCGGGCCUACUGGGGAGUAGCUCCUGAAUCCCAAGGAUCCCAGAGGCUGCUCUGGGAUCUGGACUCCCUCUUUCAGGGAGUGCCACCCAACAAGAGCAUCUAUGAUGUGUGGGUCAGCCACCCUCGGGACCUAGCUGCUUCUGCCCCAGGCUGGCUGCUGUCUUGGUGCAGCCUUUGAAGCCUCUUGGACAGGGACUGCUUUUCUCUUAUCCCCAGCUUGAUGGCAAACCUAGUUUAGGAAGUGUCAAAUGGUCACAAUAAUCUUGAAACAGCAGGCACAGCCUUGCUGAGAAUCCUCAGUUUUUAUUGGGCUACCCAAGAAAGGGUUGUGGCCCGGCGGGUCACAAACCUCACCCUGGUCAGUCAUGCCUCUGCCUCCCCCAUAUCCAGGGGCAGAGGUGGAGAAGCAGCCUGGGGCAGUCCUUCUUGGUCCCCAUUUUCUUAGGCUCACACACCAUCUAUCUAUCAAUCCAUCACUAUCUGUUGCCUCCUCUCCCUGGCUCCAGGUUGGGGGAGGGAUCCAGCCUGAAGUCCUGCCUUCCCUCAACUAUCUGGGGAAGAGUUAGCACCUUUUGAGGAAACGUUUAGGAAAUGAAGACACAAUCCUACACAAAUCUUGGGCUGAUGCAGGUUGGGAAAUAACAGUAAAGGAAUUUACAGCA